AUGAAUGUGAGGUUGGUUGGUGGUCACAGUCGCUGUGCUGGGCGAGUGGAGGUUCUUCAUAGAGGUCAGUGGGGAACAGUGUGUGAUGACUGGUGGGAUAUGACUGAAGCUGCAGUGGUGUGUAGAGAGCUGGACUGUGGAGAACCUGUAGAUGCUCUGGGUGAUUCUUAUUUUGGACCAGGAUCAGGGCCAAUCUGGAUAAAUUAUGUCAUGUGUACUGGAUCAGAGUCCACAUUGAAGAACUGUGCAUCAGGGGGAUGGGGUAAAUAUCGUUGUGAUCAUAGUAAAGAUGCUGGAGUCAUCUGCUCAGAAGUCCGGCUGGUUGGAGGAUCUCGCUGCUCUGGGAGGUUAGAGAUCCUUCAUAAUCAGAUGUGGAUGUCAGUGUGUGACGCUGUCUUUGACCAGCAGGAUGCAGAGGUUGUGUGUAGAGAGCUGGACUGUGGGGCUCCUGUACAGGUGCUGGGAGCAGCUGCUUUUGACAAAGGAGAUGCUCAGAUGUGGACACAAGAGAUUCAGUGUAGAGGAGACGAAUCUCAGAUUCACCUCUGUUCAACAUCACCAUCACAUGAAAACACCUGUUCACAUGACAGUGAUGUUGGACUGGUGUGCGAAGGUUGACAUUUAUUUUUCAACCAUCUGAAUGUUAGGUUAGUUGGUGGUCACAGUCGCUGUGCUGGUAGAGUGGAGGUUCUUCACAGAGGUCAGUGGGGAACAGUGUGUGAUGAUGGUUGGGAUAUGGCUGAUGCUGCAGUGGUUUGUAGAGAGCUGGACUGUGGAGAACCUGUAGAUGCUCUGAGUGCUGCUCAUUUUGAAUUUGAAUCAGGAUCAGGACCAAUCUGGAUGAGUUUUGUCUUGUGUUCUGGAUCAGAGUCCACUUUGAAGAUGUGUGGGUCAGAAGGAUGGGGUAAACAAAACUGUGAUCAUAGUAAAGAUUCUGGAGUCAUCUGCUCAGGCAUCAGACUGGUUGGAGGAUCUCGCUGCUAUGGGAGGGUAGAGAUACUUCAUAAUCAGACGUGGAUGUCAGUGUGUGAUGCUGUCUUUGACCAGCAGGAUGCAGAGGUUGUGUGUAGAGAGCUGGACUGUGGGGCUCCUGUACAGGUGCUGGGAGCAGCUGCUUUUGACAAAGGAGACUCUCAGAUGUGGACACAAGAGAUUCAGUGCAGAGGAGAUGAGUCUCAGAUUCACCUCUGUCCAGCAUCACUAUCACAUGAAAACAACUGUUAUCAUGACAAAGAUUUUGGACUGAUGUGUACAGACAGUGUGAAUGUGAGACUGGUUAAUGGUUACAGUCACUGUGAUGGUAGAGUGGAGGUUCUUCAUAGAGGUCAGUGGGGAACAGUGUGUGACGCUGGUUGGGAUAUGGCUGAUGCUGCAGUGGUUUGUAGAGAGCUGGACUGUGGGGAACCUAUAGAUGCUCUGGGUGAUGCUCAUUUUGGACCAGGAUCAGGACCAAUCUGGAUGAGUUUUGUCUUGUGUACUGGAUCAGAGUCCACUUUGAAGAUGUGUGGGUCAAGAGGAUGGGGUAAACAUGAUUGUGGUCAUAGUAAUGAUGCUGGAGUCAUCUGCUCAGGUAAACUACUUCAAACCUGUCCUCAAAACUCCCCUGAGUUACGUGUCUGCCUAGAUCCUAAAGAUUUGAAUGAAAAUAUUAAAAGAGAACAUUAUCAAAUCCCAAAGAGAGAAGAAAUUCUGAGUGACAUGGCCGGUGCAAAGUACUUCAGCAAAUUAGACGCCUCGCAUGGAUUUUGGCAGCUGAAACUGGACCCAGAAAGCAGCAGGUACACCACCUUUAACACACCAUUUGGGCGUUACUGUUUUCUGAGGCUUCCAUUUGGCAUCAAGUCAGCGCCAGAGAUCUUUCACAGAGCUAUGGAGUCAAUCAUAGAGGGUCUGGAAGGAACACGAGUGUACAUUGAUGACAUAGUUGUCUGGGGAAACACAAAACAACAACAUGAUGAGAGACUUGAGAAGCUGUUACAGAGAGUGAAAAAGUAUGGACUAAAACUAAAAAGAGAGAAAUGUCUUGUUGGAGUGACAGAAAUGACAUUCUUAGGAGACAAGCUCACAGCAAACGGCGUGCUUCCAGACAAAACAAAAGUGCAAGCCAUACUGAAUAUGCCAGCUCCAACUGAUAAAAAAGGAGUUUUGCGAGCAAUGGGGAUGGUAAACUUUCUGGGUAAGUUCAUUCCCAACCUCUCCUCAAAAACGAAAUGCCUCAGAGAACUGCUGCAUCACAACGUUGCAUUUGAGUGGACCACAAAACAUGAAAAAGAAUGGAAAGAACUGAAGAGAACUGUGACUGCUGAACCAGUUUUAACCUACUUUGAUCCAACAAAACCAACCAAAGUCUCCACUGAUGCAUCAAAAGACGGACUAGGAGCCGUAUUGCUACAAAUGAAUGAAGAAAAAUGGCAACCUGUAGCAUAUGCAUCAAGAUCGAUGACUGAGACUGAAAAACGCUAUGCUCAGAUUGAGAAGGAGACGCUGGGCCUAGUGUUUGGGUGUGGGAAAUUUCACACUUAUGUUUAUGGACUGCCCACAUUCACAGCAGAAACUGAUCAUAAACCACUCAUAUCAAUCCGUAAAAAGAAUCUCAAUGACAUGUCGCCCAGAAUCCAACGUAUGAUGAUGACAUUGCAGCGCUAUGACUUUGACCUAAUAUACACGCCAGGUAAAUACAUAGUGCUUGCUGACACACUUUCUAGAGCACCAGAACUCAACAGUGGCACAGCUGAGAACACCGCAGCAGAAGAUAUUGAAAUACACAUCAACAUGGUCACUGCCUCACUGCCUGCAUCAGACACCAUACUGCAGCAGAUUGUUAAAGAGACAGCAAAAGACUCCAUGUUACACAAAGUGUCUCACUGUGUAAACAACGGAUGGUCAAAAGGAGUUUGCCCACAGUUUUUCCCGGUGCGGGCAGAGCUGUGUAUGUCAAAAGGACUCCUGCUGAGAAAGAACAGGAUUGUUAUCCCACAGACCAUGCGCAAGGACAUGCUUCAACGUCUUCAUGAAGGACACCUGGGAGUGGAAAAAUGUAAGAGAAGAGCACGUGAAGCCAUCUACUGGCCAGGUAUCAACAAAGACAUAGAGGAAAUGAUUGAGAAAUGUGACAUCUGCCUCAGACACCACUACAAACAAGUCAAGGAGCCAAUGCUGGUGGCUGACCUUCCCACUGCCCCUUGGCAAAAGGUGGGCACAGAUUUAUUUCAUCUGUAUGGCAAGGAUUAUCUUCUUGUUAUAGACUAUUACUCGAACUACCCUGAGAUUGCGCAACUCUCCAGCACCACCGCACAGUCUGUUAUAGUGCACAUGAAAGGGUUCUUUGCCAGACACGGAAUCCCACAAUGUGUUGUGAGUGACAACGGUCCGCAGUAUGACUGUGGAGAGUUUAAAGAGUUUGCGAAGUACUACGGAUUCCAGCAUGUUACCUCAAGCCCAUUGUACCCACAAGCCAAUGGUCAGGCUGAAAAGGGAGUACAAAUUGUUAAGAGACUACUGAAGAAAGCCAAGGACGGUAAGACUGAUCCUCACCUUGCUUUACUUAGCUACAGAGCUGCACCUCUGGAGUGUGGAGCGUCCCCUGCUGAGCUGCUUAUGUGUCGCAAGCUCCGCACCACGCUACCACAAUUGCAACCAGGACGAGACAAUAACAACUGGAUUAACAACAAAAAGAGACUCAAAAUCAGACAAAAAAUGGCCUAUGACAGAGCUACAAAAAGUCUGGAACCUCUUUGUGAAAAGGACACUGUGAGAAUCGAGGGACCUAAUUGCUGGGACAGAAAAGCGACCGUGCUCAGUGAAGUCGGACCUAGAUCUUACGUUGUGGAAACAGAGGAUGGACAAAAAGUGAGGAGAAACAGGAGGAGUCUGUUAAAGACUCAUGAGGACACUGACAAACACGGUUCAGAUGUCAGACUGGUUGGAGGUUCUCGCUGCUCUGGGAGGUUAGAGAUCCUUCAUAAUCAGACGUGGAUGUCAGUGUGUGAUGCUGUCUUUGACCAGCAGGAUGCAGAGGUUGUGUGUAGAGAGCUGGACUGUGGGGCUCCUGUACAGGUGCUGGGAGCAGCUGCUUUUGACAAAGGAGACGCUCAGAUGUGGACACAAGAGAUUCAGUGCAGAGGAAAUGAGUCUCAGAUUCAUCUCUGUCCAACAUCACCAUCGCAUGAAAACAACUGUUCACAUGACAAUGAUGUUGGUCUGAUGUUUGCAGACAGUGUGAAUGUGCGGUUGGUUGAUGGUCACAGUCGCUGUGCUGGUCGAGUGGAGGUUCUUCAUAGAGGUCAGUGGGGAACAGUGUGUCAUGAUUUCUGGGAUAUGACUGAUGCUGCAGUGGUGUGUAGAGAGCUGGACUGUGGAGAACCUGUAGAUGCUAUGGGUGAUUCUCGUUUUGGAUCGGGAUCAGGACCAAUCUGGAUGACUACAGUAUUAUGUACUGGAUCUGAAUCUACACUGAAGAACUGUGGAUCAUUCGGAUGGGGUAAAAGCAGAUGUGAUCAUAGCAAAGAUGCUGGUGUCAUUUGUUCAGGCAUCAGAUUGGUUGGAGGUUCUCGCUGCUCUGGGAGGUUAGAGAUCCUUCAUAAUCAGAUGUGGAUGUCAGUGUGUGCUGCUGUUUUUGACCAGCAGGAUGCAGAGGUUGUGUGUAGAGAGCUGGGCUGUGGUUCUCCUGUACAGGUGCUGGGAGCAGCUGCUUUUGUCAAAAGAGAUGCUCAGAUGUGGACACAAGAGAUUCAGUGUAGAGGAAAUGAAUCAUUUAUUCUUUUGUGUCCAACUUCACAUGACAUACAGUGCUCUCAAGAAAACAACGUGGGACUGAUAUGUUCUGGUAAAAUGUCAAUACUUGCUGAUGGACCUCACCUGUGCUCUGGGAGAUUAGAGAUCCUUCGUGAUCAGACGUGGAUGUCAGUGUGUGACACUGUCUUUGACCAGCAGGAUGCAGAGGUUGUGUGUAGAGAGCUCGACUGUGGGGCUCCUGUACAGGUGCUGGGAGCAGCUGCUUUUGACAAAGGAAAUACUCGGAUGUGGACACAAGAGAUUCAGUGCAGAGGAGAUGAAUCACACAUUCGACGCUGCCCAUCAUCAACUUCAAAUAAUAUAAACUGCACCCAUGACAAUCACAUAAAACUGAUGUGUUCUGGUUACACUGAUCUCAGACUGGUAAACGGCCCUGACAUCUGUUCUGGUCGUGUCGAACGUCAGUACUUCAGUAAAUGGGGCACAGUGUGUGAUGCAUGCUGGGAUAUGAGAGCUACCAGUGUCCUCUGUAGACAGCUGAAUUGUGGGAUUGCUGUGUCUGUUGUGGGAUCAGACUGGUUUGGAGAGGGAAGUGGUGAAAUCUGGGCAGAUGUGUUUGAUUGUGACGGGAAUGAAACAAAACUCUCAGAAUGUUCCAUCUCUUCAUGGAGUCGAGCGGAAUGUUCAAAAAGUCAAGAUGUUGGAGUCAUCUGCUCUGAUUCCUCUCUGGCUCUUCAUGAUGGCCUGGUGCAGUUGUCUGGAGAGAGACAGUGUGAGGGGGAGGUGGAAGUUUUCAUCCAUCAGGUCUGGAGGAGAGUUCUGCUGGACUCCUGGAGUCUAAAUGAAUCUUCUGUGGUCUGCAGACAGCUGGGCUGUGGCUCUGUGCUGAACAUCUACAGCUCCUCUUCAUCCAGUCCUGAACACAGUCAUGAGUGUGUGACGGGCUUCCAGUGCUCUGGGAGUGAAGCUCAUCUGGGAAACUGCAGCUCUCCACAAACUCUCAACUGCAGCUCCACACAACAGCUGUCAAUCUCCUGCAUCGGUGAGAAGAACAACAUCUGGACAGAUUCUUCAGUUGUUCGUCAUGGGUCCAUCAGGCUGGUGGGUUCUGGGGGAGACUGUGCAGGGAGGCUGGAGGUUUUUUACAUUGGCUCAUGGGGGACAGUCUGUGAUGACUCCUGGGAUAUUAAAGAUGCUCAUGUGGUGUGCAGACAGCUGCAGUGUGGAGUGGCCCUCAGUAACCAGCCGGUACCAGCCUGGUUUGGUCCUGGUUCUGGACCCAUAUGGCUGGAUGAGGUGAAGUGUGAGGGGAAUGAGACGUCCCUGUGGAGCUGUUCUUCUCCAGGCUGGGGAAAACAUGACUGCAUACACAAGGAGGAUGUAGGAGUCGUGUGCUCAGAGUUUAAAGAGGUCAGGUUAACUGAUGGCUGUCUAGGGAAUGUGGAGGUUUUCUACAAUGGAUCCUGGGGUAAUGUGUGCUGGAACCAGAUGGAGGGAGACACAGCGAGUCUGAUCUGUCAAGAGCUGAACUGUGGAAGAUCUGGUGUUUUGUCUGAUUCUACAGCAAGAGUGAAAUCAGCUCCUAACUGGCUGGAUAAAGUUACAUGUCGACCACAUGAUUCCACUUUAUGGCAGUGUCCAUCUUUACCCUGGGGUCAAAACUACUGUGGUGAAGAUGAAGUGGCCAGAAUUACUUGUUUAGUGGAGGAGAGUGAUGAGUCUCUGAGUCGUCCGACAUGUUCAGCAUCUCCUCACCAGAGACAGUGUUCAAAUCAUGUUCCUCUCAGACUGAGUGGAGGGGACGGCCGGUGCUCUGGGAGGCUGGAGGUGUAUCAUAACGCUGUGUGGGGCUCAGUCUGUGAUGAUCAGUGGGACAUCAGCGAUGCUCAGGUGAUCUGCAGGCAGCUGGGUUGUGGAGCAGCACUGAGGGCUGAUGGGAAUUCAGUCUUUGGUGCUGGUGAAGGUGUUGUGUGGAUGAACAAUAUUGAAUGCAGAGGGAAUGAGAUUCACCUGUGGGACUGUCCUCUCUCUCUGAAUAACCACACUGACUGCUCCCACAAAGAGCAUGCUGGGCUCACCUGUGCAGAUGUGUCAGUGUCCACCAUUCCUGCCACAACAUCAUCAGUUUCUCCUCCAGUGCGAUCAAAAUCAGUCCCUUCUCCACAAACUCCUCCACCAGUGUCUCUCCCAGUGCUAGUGAUUGUUCUGGGGGUUGUGCUCUUACUGCUCUUAGUGCCACUGCUUAUACUGAUUCAGCAGAACAGAGUGAUGAGGAGAGCUCUCUCCGACUGGUACACAGGACUACACAGGACUCAGUCUCAAACUGAGCCAGUUUAUGAGGAAAUUUAUCACAGACACAAUCAAUUUAGUAAUAGAGGCAGCCUCAUCACUGAAGAUACUGAUGAGCUUCUCUCAGGUUUGAGAGAUGAUUUAUAA